AUGGCUUCCCUUACUUACCAAUGUAGUGACCUGCGACACGUUGUUUUCCAUCGCCUUGAACCAGAAUCUCCUUCCCCUACUUCCAAUUCCACUCAAGACAUUGAAGUAACCAUCACUCUUCAACUCGACCUCAAGCGCCAUUAUUGCUUAACAAAUCAAUUCAUCGAUCUUGACGAAGAGGGUCCUUUAUUCUUCCAAGAAACUGUUCGUUUCGAUCUCCGUGUUUUGAGAAACCCUUAUCGAGCUGCCCUUAUUCUUGGUCUCGUGCUACGAAGACAUUACAUCACCCACAACUCUCCCUCCUACGACGCUAUCAUCGAUGAUAUCAUCCGGCACGGACAUACAAUCGGAAACUGGAAGUCCAACAAGGGACGUCAAGUCUUGCCUUUGCUCGUAGAGAUAUCGGGAACACUUGUGCAACACGUAAACUACGAGGAAGACGAAGGUUUGAUAGGAAGAGCUUUAGAAGAAUCAGCCUCGGAGUUGGAAACAAGCAACUAUAACAUGGUUCCAGCGAAGGAGUCAUCGGUGAAGAAGAUGCUGAAGAGGGUUAGGGUCGAAGGUGGAGACCGUGAUGGAGAAAAUAUCAAGAAAAGACGCGUGAUAGCAGAUGAGUGCGUGAUAUGUUUGGAAGAACUUAAAGUUGGAUCAGAUGCUUCUCGGAUGCCAUGUUCUCAUACUUUCCAUGGUGACUGCAUCGAAAAGUGGUUGAAGCAAAGCCACUAUUGCCCAAUUUGCCGGUUGGAGAUGCCGACAGAGUGA